AUCCCAACUCAGAGAAAAUCUCCUGAGCCAAUGGGACGCUUGGCGCCACCCACCUGCAUGCAUAAUAAUAAGAAGCAGAAUAAUAACACCAGCGGGGAAACUUGCAAAAGCUGCAGCUUGCUCAGUUUGCUUUGGAGAUUACUUUGCCUCUCUGAAAACCUUCACCAUGGUCGACGCCUUCUGUGCCACUUGGAAACUGGUCGACAGUGAGAAUUUUGAUGAGUACAUGAAAGCACUCGGUGUGGGCUUUGCCACCCGGCAGGUCGGUAAUGUGACCAAACCGACUAUAAUCAUCAGCCAGGAGGGUGACAAGGUGGUGGUUCGCACCCAGAGCACCUUCAAAAACACAGAGAUCUCCUUCAAGCUGGGAGAGGAGUUCGACGAAGCCACCGCUGACGACAGGAACUGCAAAUCCAUAGUGACGAUGGAGGGAGACAAGUUGGUCCACGUCCAGAAGUGGGACGGCAAGGAGAACAAGCUUGUCAGAGAAAUCAAGGAUGGCAAGAUGGUCAUGAAUUUGACCUUUGAAGAUGUCCAUGCGGUGCGUAGCUAUGAGAAGGCAUGAGUGCUCCGACUGACAUCAUCCCACUCCGGCCAAGAAGUGUUGAUUUUAUAAUUAUUAUUGACUGUAUGCCUCUCUUUGCACUUCAUCCUCCUCCGCAUGUCCACAGCCUGCAGGCUGCACAUGUUUUGUAAGAUUUUUUUUUUUUUUAUAUAUGAAAACAUUUCUGUCGUGAUGGAUGGAUCGUCUUUUGGUACCCUGUGUGAAACAUGAAAUAAAAAAAAAAAACACAGAGUAAA